GGUGUCCAUCAUGGCGGCCCCCUGGCCCUCGGGGCUCCGUGCUUCGGAGACUUUGGCUGCUCAGCUCCUCGGUGUUCUGUGGCUCGUGACGAUCAGUACAGACCCUUCGGGGGCUGCCGCCACCGCCGCCGCUGGGGGCGAGGAGACGCUCAAGUGCGAGGACCUCCGAGUGGGACAAUAUAUUUGUAAAGAUCCACAAAUAAAUAAUGCUACACAAGAACCAGUUAACUGUACAAACUACACAGCUCAUGUUCAGUGUUUUCCAGCACCCAACAUAACUUGUAAGGAUUCCAGUGGCAAUGAAACACAUUUUACAGGAAAUGAAGUUGGUUUUCUGAAGCCCAUUUCUUGCCGAAAUGUAAACGGCUAUUCCUAUAAAGUGGCAGUUGCAUUGUCUCUUUUUCUUGGAUGGUUGGGAGCAGAUCGGUUUUACCUUGGAUACCCUGCCUUGGGUUUGUUAAAGUUUUGCACUGUAGGGUUUUGUGGAAUUGGGAGCUUAAUUGAUUUCAUUCUUAUUUCAAUGCAGAUUGUUGGACCUUCAGAUGGAAGUAGUUACAUUAUAGAUUAUUAUGGAACAAGGCUUACAAGACUAAGUAUCACUAAUGAAACAUUUAGAAAAACACAGUUAUAUCCAUGAAUAUUUUAAAAACAACUUGGGUUUGGACCGCCUUGAUUUUAAUAGAGAACUCAGUAGAUGAACUUCUAGAUUUUCCUUUUUCCUUCACAUACUCACUCUGUGAAUUCCAUAUGAUUUUUUUUGUUGUUGUCGAUGUAUUGAUUAUGUUUGUUUGGUCGAUUUAGUAGAAGUGUAUGAUUCUGAGAUUUAUUUAAGAGAACUUUGAAAGCUGUAUAAUAAUCUUUCU